AUGUUUGAAUUUAAACAUUUUGAAAAUCUUCAUAUUUUACCAACUAAUGAUGAUAAUGUUAAUAUUACUUUGAGGAGAUUAAAAACUAUUCAAAAAUGUUUUUGUUAUAGUGAUAAGAAAAGCAACUCUUCACCUGAAGAAAUAAUUAUCAUUCUUAAAUCUUUUGGACUUGUUUUUGUUGAAAAAGAAUUUAAUGAAAAUUUUGCACCAAAAGAAACCAGAUUAGAAAAUUAUGUAUUCAACAUCACAGAUGUAGUAGCAGUAUUAAAGUCUUUGAAAUCCAAUAGACAAUAUCCAAACAAUUUAUUACCACAACAAUUGAAUAAACAAAAUUCUCUUUUAUUUUCAAAUUAUUUAGCAAAAUAUUUGAAAAAAUAUACCAGACUAGAUCAGUUAUUGCUAGAACCUAAAAAUUAUAUUAUCGAAGUUUUAAAAUAUCUUCCUAUAUAUAGCGAGGUAGACGAAAAUGACAAAUUGAUUGAUUUGGUUGUAACUAACAAAAAAUGGUUCCUUCUACCAACAGAAGAUGAACAAUCUUAUGGAAAAAUUAUUGUGCCAAAAAAUAAAGAUGGAUUUUUACAUGUUGGAACUGAUAUUUGUCUGAUUGAUCGAAGUAUUGAACCACUGGACUCAUUUUUUAUUGCGGGAUUAGGUUUUCCAAAAUUCCAACAAAUAUUUGACCAUUUGUGCUAUUUAUCAUUAGAAUCACGGAAAGAAACUAUAAGUGAAGACGAACUUCAAGAAACUUUUCAAACAGAUGAGCCUGUAUUUUUAAAUGGCGAGAAUCCCUUUACAGAUAGUUGGAAAAGUGGAAAUCAACUUGUAUUUGAUAUUCCGGGGGACAUUGAUAACAAUUUAUGCAAAGUUAAACCAAAUCUGGAGCCAUACAAAAGAUUGUUAAAGGCUUCUGGUGCAAAAGAAUUGAAAGGGAUUAAUUAUAAAGUAAAAGUUGGUGAAUAUUCUCAACGAGAUAAGUUAUUAAAAAGGUUAGAUGAUGGUUUGGCUGGACAUCCGGCUACUCGUCAUCAUGAUGUGAUAUUUAAAGUUGGAGAUGAAGAAAUGGAAGAAAUUGGUGCAAAUAGAUAUGUUUUAUCUGAAGAAUCAAUCGAAUUCCAAAAGGUUUAUGUUGAAUUGACGGAUAUAAAACCUGAAGGGUUUAAAAUACUUUUAAGAUGGCUGUAUGGGCAAUCAUUAGAUGAAUUGAUCAACGAGCUUGCGAAAAAAAAGACAGAAGUUGAUGAUUAUGAAAGUUAUUACUUGAAAUUAUUACUUGGAAUUUUAAAAUAUUCUGAUAUGUAUGUUAUUGAUGAGUUAAAAGAAAGAUUAGAAGAAAAGAUUUUGAUUAGUCGUUAUAUUGGGCCCGAUAAUGUUAUAGAAGUCAAGGAAUGGGCAGAGGAUAGCAGGGCAAAUCAAUUGGUUGAACGAUGCAAUCAAUAUAUUGAGGACAAUGAAGAGUUGAUAACGAUGCAAAGAAACAAUGAUAUUGGAGAUGCCGGCGGAAAGACGCGACAAGAAAAAGGAGAGGUAUUAUUUGAAAAUACGCGACAAGACAAAGGGGAAGUAUUAUUUUAA